GCUCUGGGUCCUGUAUUUUGAACAUAAAGGGAUCGAGUCUUUCUUCUCCCUCAGAAAGCGGAGACUGUCAGAGGGGUACCGGUCAGUGCCGUUGCACUCCGACACCCAACACUAUGCGGAUUUAUCAGCAGCACACGGCUUCAUUUUACAUUUAAUCCUCCUCAGGAAAUUCCACAUAGUGACAGUCUUGUUUGGGCAUGUUUACGUAACUUUCGCAGUGAGCUAAAUGUUUAGCUUGGUUAGCUGAUUGGCGUCCCCCUCCGCCAGACACCAAAUUCCAAACAAAACCACCCAAUUAAGGCAACUUGAGGUGUCGACGGAAUUGAAGACAAUUGAGAAAUGGACAACAUUUUAGGCGGAAUCAGUCCCGUUGGCGCCGGUACGUCAAACAGGCCCGACGACAUCCCCGGGCUUUCCAGUAUGUCUUUGCCGGAUAUGAGCAUCCAGCCGGCCCACUGCAGGAACCUCCUCUCCCCUGGACCCGCGACUGUUCUCUCGCCCGUCACCAAUCUGGCCAUGGACAUGAACAAAUUAAUAAGACUUGGAAGCCAGUGUGAUACACCGAAGAGGAGGAAGCAUGCUCCCCUGGAGAAGGUUGCCUCCUUUGCCUCAGACGGCUCCUGUGAUUCUGGCCUUAGUGUGGAUUCCAUCAGCCCCAUGGAUGCUCUGGAAAUGGAGGACUCGUUCGAGAAGGCCAUCCAACAGUCCAGUCGACUCAACGACAAGAUGCCCAUUCGACGAAACAACUCCUUACCGUUGCAGCUCCUGUGCUUCAGCCCGUCCCUGAAAGGACAAGAAACCGACCCUGAUCGCUACGGAAUAUUCGGCCAACAGCCCUCCGAUAUCGACCCAGCCACCGCCUCUCAAUCGAACAAGGAGAAUAUCGCCCAGGAGUGCUUUGAGUUCAAGAAGCCGACCGAGCCCGUGGCCCGCAGCCGCCUGCGCUCCUUCAACAGCGGGCUGUCGAAGGACGCCUUUGCCCACCGCCCCAGCUCCGCGCCGGCCCUCAUGCUGGAGUCCAACGACACCAGCCCCUUGUUCCUCAGACGUUCCUCCCUCACUUCCGCACUCGACGACGACGAUGAUGAUGACGACGGCUUCCUGGAUGUGCUGGAUGACAUGGAGAACACCUCCGACAUGCCCACGGGAAUGGCCAGUCUGCUUACAGCGCCCCUAGUGGCCGACACCACGGGAGAUGAUGCGCCUGUGAUCCGCUGUCGACCCCGGAACCUAUUCCGCUCCCCGUCCAUGCCCAGCCCAGUGGUCCGCACCUCCGGGAAGCGUCCCGAUUGCACCAGAGACGAAAACACACCCGUGCGGGUGAAGCGACGCCGCAGCCUGGCAGGGUCUGAGGUCUCUGGGCCUGGCCCAGAUGCCCACUCCCCCAAAGUGGCCUGCCUGCAGCUGCAGAGGUCCAUGUCCUGCCAGAUGGAGAUAGAUAAAGUGCUGGACAUCGACGGGUCUGUGGAGCUCAUUGGAGACUUUACCAAACCCUUUGCACUGCCAACAGUGGACGGCAGACAUCAAGACCUCAAAUAUGUUACGUCCGACACGGUGGUCUCGGCUCUGACAGGCAAGUUUGAUCACGUUGUAGAGCGUGUCCUCGUCAUCGACUGCCGCUACCCCUACGAGUACGAUGGAGGACACAUCAAGGGUGCCCUGAACCUGUACCUGGAGAACCAGGUGCAGGAUUUCCUUCUGCGGGCACCCAUAGUCCCGUCCUGCCCAGACAAGCGCGUCAUCAUCAUCUUCCACUGCGAAUUCUCCUCGGAACGUGGGCCACGGAUGUGCCGCUUUGUGCGGGAACAGGACCGCACCAUGAACGACUAUCCCAAACUCCACUACCCGGAACUCUACAUCCUGAAAGGAGGCUACAAGGAAUUCUUCCCGCUUUUCCAGACGCAAUGUGAGCCCGAGUGCUACCGGCCCAUGAUGGACGAGGACUUCCGUGAGGACCUGAGGAAGUUCCGCUUGAAGAGCCGCUCGUGGGCCGACGAGCGCAGCAAGCGAGACAUGUACAGUCGGCUGAAGAAGCUGUGAGCCCCCCCCCCCCCUAAAUGUUGGUUAGUUUUAAUGCAAAUUCGGUUCCUCCCAUUCACAGCAGCACACUGAACGAGGCGUUCACAGCCGCAAUAAGCUUUUCUAAACUUGAAACAACUUGUUUGUCAUCAGUGUUCCGUACAUAAAUACGUAUGUCUCAGGACCCAGCACCGCCCUGCCACACCCCACCCCCCACCACCCUGACUAGCACUUAAUGCAACCACCUAAAUAAAGAAAAGUGCUUUUCUUUUAUGAAUACUGCCUUUUAUAUAUACGUGUUUAGUAUCUUCUUAUUGGCUUUGAUUUCUGCAUUACAAAAAUCAAAAACCAACUAAAUUUUAAGUGUGGGUUUUAUAUUUUUAUUUUAUUUGACCCCUCACCCCAGUCGCUCAUCUGUGAUCACCUGCACCAUAUUUUUGUGCUAAUGGUCUGGUUAAAAGCACACAGACGCCAAAGCAGCCUGCAGUGAGAUUUGUUGGCGUCCUGCAGUACAGCAAAGCGUGUUGGAGGACGUUUUCCUUUUUGUUUUUCCCUCCACAAUGAGACUAAACAUGUCGGCCAAAAUGUGUGAUUUUGUCGAGUGCUUUUGGCACACGGUUCUCGGGAGAGCAGCUGAAUAAAAAUGCAAGGUGUGUUCAAUGAC